AUGGAGAAAGACCGUGACGACUCCGAUGUGGAGUUUGCGCCUAUCACAACGAAAACCCCUACAGUUGAGGAGAAGAGGGAAUUUGAAACUAGCAACCAGCUCAACCGGAUUGCUUCUAGCAAACUUGGAAGAGCAGUCUCCGCUCUUUCUGCUGGAUCAAAGAGAAAUGAUCCCCGACUGGAUCCAUCAAGCCCCGAAUUCGAUCACUACAGAUGGGCCCAAACCGUCUUAGACCAGAUGCACGAGGAGGGUAUCGAAGCGCCUCGGCAGAGUGUGGUCUUCAAGGAUCUAUCCAUUAGUGGCAAUGGUGAGGCUAUUCAGUUUCAAGAAACCCUGACAUCGGUUCUCGCGGUUCCCUUCCGUUCUGCGGUUCGAUUCCUGACUGGACAUCGCUCCCAACCUCGCCGUAUCCUACGAAACUUCGAUGGCCUGCUGGAAGCCGGUGAGCUUUUGCUCGUGCUGGGUCGCCCUGGAAGCGGCUGUACCACUUUUCUCAAGACAAUCACUGGCCAUCUCGGAGGGUUGGCCAUGGAUCCCAAGAGCGUCAUCCACUAUGAAGGUAUUUCCUUUGAGGAUAUGAUCAAGCAUCACCGUGGUGAGGUCGCAUACAACAAAGAGGUCGAACUUCAUUUCCCUCACCUGACAGUUGGCCAGACCCUCUCGUUCGCAGCCCAUGCUCGAGCUCCCCACAAGCGCCUGGAAGGGUUGAGCCGAGCAGAAUACUGCGAGACAUUAGUGCAGGUAGUGAUGAGUAUAUUUGGUCUUACUCACACCGUCAACACCAAGGUCGGCAGCGAAUUUGUGCGUGGUGUCAGUGGAGGUGAACGAAAGCGAGUUAGUAUCGCGGAAAUGUUCCUUAGCCGUUGUCGUCUGGGAGCAUGGGACAACAGCACGCGGGGUUUGGAUGCAGCUUCAGCCCUCAGAUUUGUCCGGUCACAACGUCUUGCUGCAGAUAUGGGAAAAUCCUGCCACGCCAUUGCAGCCUAUCAAGCAUCCCAGUCGAUGUAUGACCUAUUCGACAAGGUUGUGGUUCUUUACGAAGGGUAUCAGAUCUACUAUGGUCCUCGCGAUCGAGCUGUGUCUUAUUUCGAAGAUCAAGGAUGGCAAAGGCCGGAGCGCCAGGUAUCAGGAGAUUUUUUGACUGCCAUCACCAACCCUAAUGAGCGGACCACGCGCCCUGGCAUGGAGUCCAAGGUACCGCGAACCGCAAAGGAAUUCAAUGAGUUCUGGACGCGGAGCCCCGAGUACAAGACUCUGCGCGAGCAGAUCGCCACCUUCGAAUCCCAGCAUGCGCCCAAUAGCGAGGCUGCCAAACAAUUCCAGAUCAGCCACGAGGAACAGCAGGCUCGCCAUACCCGCACUCGCAGCCCUUACCUGCUUUCAAUCCCUAUGCAGAUUCGCCUCUGUACAACUCGCGCUUACCAGCGAGUCUUGAACGACAUUCCCACAGCAGUAGCCCCACUCGUUGUUCAGUUGAUCUUGGCUCUGAUCAUCGGCUCCGCAUUCUACAAUACCCCCGACACUACUAGCUAUUUCUUCCAAAAGGGCGGAGUGUGCUACUUUGCUGUCCUCAUGAAUGCUUUGCUUACCAUCAACGAAAUUCUUCAACUCUACAGCCAACGCCCGAUUGUUGAAAAACAGGCUGGGUAUGCAUUCGUUCAUCCGUUUACCGAAGCUCUCGCCAGCAUUGUUAUCGACCUGCCCAUCAAACUCCUGCGACUCACUGUUUUCAGUAUCAUCCUCUACUUCAUGGCAAAUUUGCGCCGAGAACCAGGCAACUUCUUUAUCUUCUACCUGUUCUUGCUGGUCGCCGUCUUGACCAUGUCUGGUCUUUUCCGCAGCUUGGGAGCUCUUACCAAGUCAGUCGGUCAGGCAAUGGCCAUGGCGGGUGUUUUGGUUCUCUGUAUUGUCGUCUACACUGGAUUUACCUUGCCACAGCCUUACAUGCACCCGUGGUUCUCCUGGAUUCGGUGGAUCAACCCGAUUUACUACACGUUUGAGGCUCUCAUCGCCAACGAAUUCCAUGGGAAAAACUAUGAGUGCUCAGCUCUAAUUCCAAGCUAUGGGACAGGAUCAAACUUUGUGUGCUCGGUCGUGGGUUCAGUGGCGGGCCAGGCAUACGUGAGCGGUGAUACCUUCAUAGAAGAAAACUAUGAGUACUACUACUCCCACCUGUGGCGAAACUUUGGCAUCUUAAUUGCCUUUAUGAUUUUCUUCAAUACGCUCUACUUGGUAGCCUCGGAAUUUAUCUCUCGUGACACAUCCAAGGCUGAAGCCCUGGUUUACCGCCCUGGCCAUGUUCCCCAGCACAUCCAGGAUAGCCAAAGGGACUCGGAGAAUGGAGCUGGUGGUCUUACGAAACUCGAAGUGCAGCGCACAAACGACGAUAUUCGCCUUCCGGAACAGACUGACAUUUUCUCCUGGAAAAAUCUCCAAUACGAAAUUCCUGUGAAGGAAGGCACUCGGCGUUUGCUGGACGAUGUAAACGGCUGGGUCAAGCCAGGAACAUUGACUGCAUUGAUGGGAGUUUCCGGCGCAGGUAAAACUACUUUGUUGGAUGUUCUUGCACAGCGCGUGUCAAUCGGUGUUGUCACUGGUGAUGUCUUUGUCAAUGGCAAGCUGCCAACGGCAAACUUCCCCCGGAGAACAGGGUACGUUCAGCAACAGGAUCUCCACAUGGAUACUACAACCGUUCGAGAAGCCCUUCAGUUCAGUGCACUUCUCCGUCAGCCGCAGAGCGUAUCCAAAAAGGAGAAGUACGAAUAUGUGGAACAGGUCAUUCAGGUUCUGGGCAUGGAGGAUUUCGCCGAGGCUGUUGUCGGAUCUCUCGGAGAAGGACUGAACGUUGAGCAGCGCAAGCUUCUCAGCAUCGGAGUUGAGCUUGCCGCAAAGCCUACUCUUCUAAUCUUCCUAGACGAGCCCACUAGUGGUCUGGACUCGCAGAGUUCAUGGACAAUUUGUCAAUUCUUAAGGCGACUGGCCGACCACGGUCAGGCUGUGCUGGCGACAAUCCAUCAGCCCAGUGCGACAUUGUUCCAGACUUUUGACCGUCUUCUUUUCCUUGCCAAGGGCGGCAGGACAGUUUACUUUGGCGAGGUGGGAGAACAGUCUACCACACUCCUUGAAUACUUUGAACGCAAUGGAGCUCGCCCCUGUGAGACUCUGGAGAACCCUGCCGAGUACAUUCUUGACAUGGUGGCCGGAGACGGCUGUCCCGAUGUUGAUUGGGUUCAAACUUGGAAGAACAGUCAAGAAUUUCAGGAUGUUGUUGCGGAAGUUGAUCGUCUCCACUCUAUUAAGGGACCCAGAGAUGAGCCUUCCACCCACGAUGAUGGUGAUGAUGAUAACGCCGAGUUUGCUAUGCCUAUAACCACCCAGCUCUGGGUAGUCCUUGGCCGAUGCUUCCAAGCCUACUACCGUAGGCCCGACUAUAUCUACUCCAAAUUUGUUCUAGGCAUUGUCAGUGGUCUGUUCAUUGGAUUCUCAUUCUACAAGGCCGACAGCUCCGAACAAGGCUUCCAGAACGCACUUUUCAGUAUCUUCCUUCUUUGCACCAUCUUUAAUACUCUCGCCAAUGCUAUCAUGCCUAACCUGGUGGCACAAAGGUCCCUCUAUGAGGUCCGCGAGCGACCGUCUAGAACUUACUCGUGGCAGGUUUUCAUUGUCUCGCAAAUGCUGGUGGAGGUCCCUUGGCAAUUCUGCUUGGGUGUUUGCUCCUGGGCCUCAUUCUACUGGGCAGUCUUUGGCGCCAAUCAAACUACGGAACAGAAUGGUCUUGUUCUGCUCUACAUUUGCCAAUUCUACAUGUACGCGGCCAGCAUGGCACAGUUCGUCGUGUGCGCUAUCCCCGAGCCUGCUCUUGCCGCCAUGGUAGCAACCCUCAUGUUCGGUCUGUCCUUCAUCUUCAAUGGAGUGAUGCAGCCUCCAAGUGCGUUGCCUCGCUUCUGGAUCUUUAUGUAUCGCGUAUCUCCAUUCACAUACUACAUUGCCGGUAUCAGUGGUACAGCGCUUCAUGGCCGCGCUGUCGAGUGCAGCAGUGAUGAGCUCAACAUUUUCGAUCCACCUUCCGGUCAGACGUGCUAUGAGUACAUGGCAAAGUACCUUGAGACUUCUACGGGCACCAUCUACAACCCCAAUGCCACUGCCAAUUGCGAGUAUUGCAGCAUGAAAUCUGCGGAUACUUACCUGGCAGCCCGCGAAAUCUACUAUGACGAUCGCUGGCGUGAUUAUGGCAUCUUUUGGUGCUACUUUGUUUUCAACAUGGCUGCUAGCGUGCUAGUGUACUACCUCUUCAGAGUCCGGACUUCAAAGGCGAAGGUCUCUAGAGGUAAGACUGUUGCUUAA